AUGAGAGGAAAAUUGAAGUUGAGGAGAGAACAACAUUAUGGUUUUCUGAAUUGGAAAAAGCUUAUAGCAGAAACUGAUUACACCAACAAACCUAAAUCAAAAAAGCAAAGAUUUGGAACAUUGGCACAACUUGGAACAGAAAAUGGAUAUGGAUUGGGAACCAAUAGAAGGAAAUGGAUCAAAGAAUGA